UUGUUCAACGUGCGCCUAGCAGAAAGCGCAGUGAGGGUACGGGCGCCUGAAAGCCGCUGAAUGGAAAGGAAAGCAGGAAGAAAGAAAGAAAGGAAAAGAUAGUCGACUUGGAUGCUUUUUCCCCUCUUUUUGCUUUCCUCGAAUACAAAAGUCUUAAGGAAGCUUGUUUUGAGCCACAGAGGACCCUACGCUGGGAUAGCUCGGUCUGAGAGCGCUGCGGAACAUAAGAAAAAGAAAAAGGCACCGGCCCUUUUGGAGAGAAACAAAGAACUUUCCCCGGGCCCGGGAGCGCAGCCCCGGAGCGCCUGCCAGCUCGUUGGGAAUCUCAUUCUUCCCCUUCCCCCGGCGAGGAAAGGAGGGGACUCGAACCCGAGCCCCUCCUUUUUGUUUGCUUGCGGCUCCGCGGUUUCGGCGCACGCUCGCGGGGCCGGCGCUAUCCCGCAGUCCCCUCGGGGCUCCCACCGCUAGCACGCUGGGGGGGCUCGCCCGAGCAAUGGUCAACAUGGAAAUCUGCGCCCUGGACUGCGAGAGCCUGAGAGCGCUGCUUCAGGAGCGCGCGGCCCAGUGUCUGGUCCUGGACUGCCGCUCCUUCUUCUCCUUCAACUCCUCGCACAUCCUGGGCUCCUUCAACGUGCGCUUCAGCACCAUCGUCAAGAGGCGCGCCAAGGGCGCCAUGGGGCUGGAGCACAUCGUGCCCAACGAGGAGCUGCGCGGCCGCUUGCUGGCCGGCCUCUACCACGCCGUGGUGCUCCUGGACGAGCGGAGCUCGGAGCUCGAGGUGUCCAAGCGGGACGGCACCCUGGCGCUGGCCGCCAGCGCCCUGGGCAGGGAGGCUCGCGGGGCGCGCCUCUGCUUUCUCCGAGGAGGAUACGAAGCUUUCUCUUCUGCCUACCCGGAAUUGUGCAGCAAGCAAUCUACACCCAUGGGGCUGAGCCUACCUCUGAACUCCAGUGUCCCCGGCAGUGCAGAAUCCGGGUGCAGCUCCUGUGGCACGCCUCUCUAUGACCAGGGUGGUCCGGUGGAGAUUCUGCCUUUUCUGUACUUGGGCAGCGCUUACCAUGCAUCCAGGAAAGAUAUGCUGGAUGCUCUGGGGAUCACAGCUUUGAUCAACGUCUCUGCAAAUUGCCCCAACCAUUUUGAAGAUCACUACCAGUACAAAAGCAUCCCUGUGGAGGACAAUCACAAGGCCGAUAUAAGCUCCUGGUUCAAUGAAGCCAUUGACUUUAUAGACUCUAUAAAGAAUGCAGGAGGAAGGGUGUUCGUUCACUGUCAGGCUGGUAUUUCCCGAUCAGCUACCAUCUGCCUAGCUUACCUCAUGAGGACCAAUCGGGUCAAACUGGAUGAGGCCUUUGAGUUUGUGAAGCAAAGAAGAAGCAUCAUCUCCCCCAACUUCAGCUUUAUGGGUCAGUUAUUACAAUUCGAGUCCCAAGUCCUAGCUCCUCAUUGUUCAGCAGAAGCGGGAAGUCCUGCCAUGGCUGUGCUUGACAGAGGAACCUCCACAACCACAGUCUUUAAUUUCCCUGUCUCCAUCCCAGUUCAUUCUUCCUCUAAUGCGCUGAACUACCUUCAGAGCCCAAUGACCACUUCCCCAAGCUGCUGAGAGACUCAGGGAAGUUACUUGAGAACCACAUAAGGCUCAACUUGAGGAUCCUUCUGUCUAAAACAAAGUGCAAUAACUCUGGGGGAUAAUGUCUCAGCUUUGUUAUAAUGUCAUCCGGUUCAACUUUUUCCUGAACUCCACACUUGAGAACAACAUGGGUGAACUGGACUGAACUGAAAUUAAGGUUCAUUUGUGCUCAAUUCUGAAGUGUGUCUUGGACCAAUGUCUAGUUGGUACAUCAGGUUGUUUUUAUAGAGAAGCAAAAGGAAAAAAAGACUGAUAGCUCACAUUGUAGGCUGUUUGGAAUGGCUUCUCUUCUCAGAACUUUAGUUUUUGUGCUCAACAAACCUACCAGUAUUACCAUUUCUGGACACUUAGCCAGCAGAAGAGGCCGUUUCCCUUUGACAUUUAUAUGUAUAUGUAUAUGUGUGUGUGUGUGUGUGUAAACAUACACACACAUACAGUGCAAAAGUUCCCAUUAUUUAUUUGUGUAGAUGUGUUCAGUUUUCACAAACCUCAGAUUCCACUUCUAGAAAAACCAAAUACCUCAAUUUUUGUUGUUAUUGUUGUUGGAGUACUGUAAUUCUGUAAAUACAUCCUUAAACAUUUGUUCUCUUAGCACUGACGGAAAAGCACCAGGCAAGAGUGCUUUUUUUGAGAUGCCAAGGUUGGUUGUAUGUUUGCCGAUUAUUUAUGACCUGAAAUAAUAUAUUUCUUCUUUUGAGAAGACAUUUUGUUACGUUAACGAUGACUUUUUUUAUACAAGCAGAAUAAAUUAUGACAUUUCUAUUGAAAUUUAAA